AUGGCCACAUGUUAUCCAUCGUAUGAACUAUCACCUCCGCAGAGGACCGCCGUACAAGUGCCCCUACAGAAAGACUACUCGAAGCCGCUGCACGUCGAUUGCAGCGUCGAAUACGAACUACCCAACACGGCGAAACCGCCGCAGGGCGUCCGCAACGAGCCGCUCCUGAUGAUCCAUCCGUGUUACUUCAGGAAGAUCGAGAGCCAAAAGCGGAGCCCCUUCAUCAACAACCUGCCCCUGUCGAGGGCGGCUCCGGCGUCGGCGGCGCCGGCGAAACGGCGAACGACGAGGGGCCAACAGCUUCCGCAGCAAGUGCCGCAGCAGGCGGCCCAAUAUCCGGUGCAGUAUUCGACGACGGCGGAUAGACAAAUUUGGGAUCUGAUGCCGCCGCUGGUGCCGAUCGCGGCGGCCGCCCAGCCUUAUUGCAAGCGCGAAACGCGAUUGAUGUCGGCGGCGGCGGCCGCCGCCGUUUGCGGCCAAACGGCGUAUACGUCGGACGGCGACGGUACGCAUUGGCCGGACCCCGAUCACUCGCCCGAUCGCCCGGAGGAGAAGCACAUACUCUCCGGGAAGUACAGGCAGUACUUGCGGGCGCAUAGACUUCACCAUCCGUACGUUAGUUCCGCUAUACCAUUAGGAUCAACGUUCUCCCAGAUCCAGCAAGUUUGUUACAAUGUCUGA